AUGGCCAGCCAGACUCACUCAGACUCGGGUUCUGACUCGGACAACACCUGGGACGACUGGGACGACGGGAACCAGCCAGCGCGCUCCCUGUUUGAACCCGCCGCCGAAUUCCCCACCGCGUGGCUCGCCCUCGACCACGACAGGCGCACUCACGGCGUAGACCUGCCCUUGCUUGCAUCCACUCUCGACUUCUUCGAGCGCAUCCGCCUGAUCAACUGGAUCCGGGCGACCAACCCGGACCCGGCCUCGCUGCGCCGCCUCGACCGCAACGCCGCCUUCCUCGACGACGACCAGUACCUCAAGCCCGUCCUCGAGGAUGACGCUCUUCUCCAGGUCGACUUCGACACCCUCUCUCUCGACACUCCCCCCUCCGGCGCCCGUCCUUCCUCCUCUGCCGCAGCUCCCUCCUCCUCGAACCCUCCCAUGCCCUCAAUCGACGACCCUCUCACCCCCUCCGACCUGAUCGAGACUCUCAAAGCCCACCUCGCCGAUGCACAGGCUGCGAACGAGCACUUGCGACGGAUCGUCAAGGAGCGAUUGGGUGGCGAGAUGGGACUGGGAGAGGGAAACCGGUUGGGAGAGGUCGUCGAGGGUGUGGAGAAGGUCAGCGUCAAGGGGAAGGAGAAGGAGGGCGGCGAGGCGGUUCAUAAGGAUGAUGACCACUACUACGAGUCGUACCAGUACAACGACAUUCACGAGAUCAUGCUGAAAGACCGCGUCCGAACUCUCGCCUACCGCUCCUUCAUCCUGCACCCUUCCAACGCCGCGCGCUUCAAGGACAAGGUCGUCCUCGACGUCGGUUGCGGUACGGGCAUCUUGAGUAUGUUUGCGGCCCAGGCGGGAGCGAAGAAGGUCUAUGCGGUCGAUGCGAGCAAUGUGGCGUUCAAGGCGAUGCGGAACAUCAAGGCGAACGGUUUCGAGGGCGUCAUCGAGGUCAUCAAGGGCAAAGUCGAGGAGAUCGACCUGCCUUCAAAGGUCGACGUGAUCAUCUCGGAGUGGAUGGGCUACUGCCUCCUCUACGAAUGCAUGCUCGACUCGGUCCUCUACGCGCGAGACAAGUACCUCUCCCCGUCGGGCCUGAUGGUGCCCUCGCAGACUUCGAUCCUGUGGAGCGCCUACGCCGGACAGGGUUGGUACGACGACCGCGUCACGUUCUGGGACGAGGUGUAUGGCUUUGAGAUGAAGGCCAUGAAGGAGAAGAUCGAGGACGAGGCCAUUAUCGAGGUCAUGGAUGAGGGCGAGGUCGUUUCGAGUGAGGUCUCGAUCGCGGACAUCUAUACGCAAACCGCGACUAUUGCCUCGCUCUCCUUCACCUCGCCCUUCUCGCUCCCCAUCACCCGCGCACCCGCCAACACCGACUCCUCCGCCCCCUUCACCAUGUACGGUUUCCUGGCGCACUUUGACACCUACUUCACCUCCGCCCCUCGCCUCGCUGACUCGUCCAAGCGCGCCUCGUCCGUCUCCGGAGCAGACGGAGAAGUCUUCUUCACGACAGGCGCGUGGUCGACCCCGACGCACUGGAAACAGACGUUCUUCCUCCUCCGCGAGCCGAUCCAGGUUCGCGUUGGAGACAAGGUCGAGGGACAGGUCAAGGUUGGCAAGAAUGAGGACAACUCGAGGGAGUUGAGCGUCGAAGUUGUUUGGAGCGUCAUCGGCAGCGAGGGGGAGAAGAGGAGUGAGGGCGUGCAGGCUUGGAAGGUGCGGUGA